CGUCAUCUUUCUCAUGAUGAGUCAUGAACCUCUCUUGACUCUCAUGAUAAUAGUACUCUAAAAACCACACUUCUUAUCUGAAUCUCUCUCAUUGGCCAUCAGAAUCAUGCACUCCGACGAGGAGCAUGACCCGUUCAUAACAGUCUUUGUUGCAAUCAUCUUCUUAUUCUUCAUUUAUGUCACCCUCUACUCUCUUUACGAUCUCUGCUGUCUCCGCCGUUCUAGGAGUAAUCACAUCCGCAGUAGCCGCAGCCUCAGCCCUGCAAUGGUUUUCGUCCCCAUCGAUCCUUCUCAUAUCCCCUCGCGCGGCGGCCUCGAUCCCGCCGUCGUUAAAUCUCUCCCCGUUUUCACUUUCUCCGGCGCGGCGGAGGAUCCGAUCGAUUGCGCCGUUUGUCUCUCCGAGUUCGAGGAGGGAGAGUCGGGUCGGGUUUUGCCCGGUUGCGAACACGCUUUUCACGUGGAAUGUAUCGAUAUGUGGUUUCACUCUCACUCCACUUGUCCUCUCUGCCGCUCUCUCGUCGAGCCUCUCGUCGACCAAACCGUGAUCGCGAUUUCUCCUGAACCGGUUUCUGAAACUGAACCGGCGGUUGAGAUGUCGAGAAGGAGUUUCAGAGAGUUGGAAGAUGGUUUUUUGACAGGGGAUUCGUUGGCGAAUCAUCACUCGUUGCCGUUGCCGCCGAGGAGUCGUAGGAUGUUAUCUUUUACUCGGAUGUUGAGCAGAGAUCGAAGAAGUGCACCGUCUUCUUUUGCCGGAGCUCCGCAUCAAUCGUCGCCGAGCUGCGGGAUAGUGAUGAACGAAUUGGAUAUUGAGCGGGGAGGAGAAGAGAUUAAAAGUGAUUUCCGUCACGUGGAGUUUUCUUGAUUAUUAUUGAUUAUUGUAUUUCAGGUAGAUUUUUAUAAUUUUUUUUUCUAAUACUUAUUUGGAACAAGGGGCAGGGUGUAUCCAUGUUUGUUCAAAAUUCGAUUUAGAAUCGACUGGAUCAGCCAAUAUGUAUAAAAAGUUUAUUUAUUUGGAACAUAAC